CUAUACUGCCCUUCUCCGAAGAUUCAGGGUGGUUUACAGCCAAGUUAAAAAGACAUAUACAAAAAUUAACCCGUGAGGGUUGCCUCACUUAACAGUGGGUGGAGUUGAUCUUAAACAUAAUUUGAAAUUUCAGUGAUCCAGACCAAAUGAUUAUUAAAGCCUGACGUAUUAAAUAUUUAGCUUUGCUGAAAUGCUAAACAGUAUAAAUUUUGACUUAAAUAUUUUUACAAGUACAUCUGGUCAAAUUAGUACUAUACUAUCUGCCUAAAUAACCGACUAAAGAAUAUAUUCUCGAACAGGGCUGUUCAAAGUCGUGGCUUGUCGCCCAGACACGUCAUGUGCUGGCCAUGCUCACGCCUGGUUUAGCCAAGGGGAAAAAAGUCCCAAUACAUCAUGUGACACCAACAUCACUAUGCGAGUUUGACACCCGUUCUAGAAGAUAUAUUCUAAUCAGCGAUAUAUAUAUAUAUAUAUAUAGAAAGAGAGAGAGAGAAAGAUAACAGGGUCACAUGUGCUCCUACAAAUCUUAGUUGAAGCCAGAGUCCCUCUAAAUGUUGCUGCAAAUUUCAAUUCAAAUCUGAUAGUAAGAGGGAAAAUGAAUUCAUCUUAAUUAAUUCAGCCAACUCUUUAUUUUUCUUCUCCAAAUGUCUCAUAAGAAAAUAUAGAUGUAAAACAAUGGCAUGUUGUAUAAGAUGCUCUUAGUUCAGUUUAUCAUUCCAAGAUAUAUCAUGCAAUGACUAUUGUUUUGUGUUAUGUGGUUUUGGUUACAUAUAGAUUCAUAGAGAAAACAAUUUAAAAUUAUAAUACAGAAUACAUUCAGAGUUCCAGGUAGUUGUUCCUAUCAUAAUGUCUUUAUGUUUUGUCCCUAAACAACUGUUGGCACAUGCUAAUUCUUCUCCAAGUUGUUGCAGAAUAGCCUAUUUUAAUGUUUUUAUAAAUACCUCUUCUCUGUAGACAAACUAGUUUACUCAUAUGCUUAGAAAAGUACAAUAAAUAAUAAAAAGAAAUAAAAGUAAUGCAACAACCACUAUUUUUAGCUAAAAAUGCAGGUCACCACAAACAUUCAUGCACCCAACUCUUCAACAACAGUGAAAAUUAGAGUAGAAUGGUGUUACAGGGAUGUCCAAAAUUGUACUGUACACUUUUUAGUCCCAUUUCACUUGCUGGAUUACAAGGCUGAAUUCCCAUUCCGCUUCUGUCCUUAAACACAGUAAGAGAUUUUAUUCCUUACCACUCAAGCUCAUCAUAUAUAUAUAUAAAUAUAUUUUAAUAUUUCCUUUGAAGGCCUCCUCUCAGACCCCUUACGUUGUUAUCCUUUUUCCAGUCCUCAGCCUAUUUCUGCCUACAAUAGUAAGUUUUACUUUCAAUAUAGGCCCUGCCUCAAGUUUUCUCUUACAACCUCUCGGGCCCUUCAGAGAACACGUGAGAGACAUGAGGCGGUGGGGCUGGUUUUUUUCUUUUUUUUUUGGACCUUCAGUCUUAAUCUCCUAACGCGACUUUUUAAAUUCAGGACUCGCUAGUCACGAACUGUGCAAAGGCCGUGGCGCUGUCAGGUCGCCCAGGCAGUCAUUCGGUCAUAUCCUCUUCUUGCUGCCGGUACAGCCAUUCAAGCCUGAGGACAACGGGAAGGGCUGCUAAACCUCUUUGCAUUUUUACUGGCUGCAAUUCUUGUCGCCGUUUCUCCGAUAGUCUCACUUUCGCGUUCCUUUUAGCGGGAAGAAGGACGCGCUUUCGCUGCCUCUUCCGGGACCGGGGAGGGGAGCUGCGAGGGAGGCGGCCUGCUGAGGCCCAGCCCGCCGGGAGUUUGGCUGACUGGCGGGCGGAGGGACGGACGAAGCCAGACUGCUAAGCUUCGGCUCGUUAGAGGGAGCUAUCGGCCGGAGACAGCGGGGCUUGCUGCAGUGAGCGACCUGCUCCUGCCUUCGCUUCCACCUCCUCGAGAGCCAGCGAAACUUGCCGGCGAGCCGAGUUAGCCGCAGGAGAAAGAGGCGGCGUCGAGGGGUCACGGCGCAGCCUCUUCGCGGCAGUCGAGGUGGGCGAGGGCCCUGGCGGCCACGGUUGCCACCGUUAUGAAUCCGACGGGCUCCUCAGAAAUGGCCCUGGAAGGAAAGCCGCCUGGUCGGAGGGAAGUCCAAAGCAAAUAGGGAGUGUUUCCCAGCCCAUUCCGUCCAGGCCAGAAACCUCCAUGUUCAUGAGACCGUCGUUAUCCCGCCAGAGUUGCAGCCACUGCCUCCACUUCCUUCUCCUUCACCGGCAGCCACCGAUCAAGGCACCCCCCUCUAUUGCUAAGGCCAUCAGGCCGGCUUCUCUGGGCCCUCCUGUUCCCUUUCCUCUGCGCAGCAGAAGGAAAAGACUACAAACUUCUGUGUGAAAAGAAUGGCUAUAACUUUGGAGAAGGCCCAAAGGGCAGGCUAUAUAUUUCUGAAAGCACUGUUAAGAUUUAGCUUCAUGGUUGCUAAUAACCUUGUUGCUAUUCCGUCCUAUAUUCUGUACAUGAUAGUACUGCAACCUCUUCGAUUAUUGGAUAAUAAAUGGUUUUGGCAUAUCGAAGGAGUAUUAUUUAAAUGGCUUUUAGCCAUGGUGGCAUCCUGGGGCUGGUGGGCAGGAUAUACAGUCAUGGAAUGGGGAGAUGAUAUUAGAACAAUUUCAGAAGAUGAAGCUUUGAUGCUGGUGAACCAUCAAUCAACCGGAGAUAUUUGCACUCUAAUGAUGUGCCUUCAAGACAAAGGCACGAAUGCACACUAUUUCUUAUCUCAAUUUUCCCAGGUUGUUCGUCGGAUGAUGUGGCUGAUGGAACAUAUGUUUAAAUACACAAAUUUUGGAAUUGUAUCUCUGAUUCAUGGAGACUUCUUUAUAAAACAGGGAAAAGCUUAUCGUGACCAGCAGCUUGUACUCCUCCGUGAACAUCUAGAAAAAUAUUACAGGAGCCGUAGUCGCAAGUGGAUUGUAUUGUUUCCAGAAGGUGGUUUUCUUAGAAAAAGAAGAGAAACCAGUCAGGCAUUUGCCAAGAAAAACAAUUUGCCAUUUCUUACACAUGUCACACUGCCAAGACUGGGAGCCACACAAGUUAUACUGAAAAAUCUGGUAGCUCAGCAAGAAAAUGGAACUUUGGCGGGUGAAAAGGUUCCUGUAUCAGAAAGUAAAUCAAAAGGUCUUCAGUGGGUGAUAGAUACAACUAUUGCAUUUCCCAAAGCUGAGCCCAUAGACAUUCAGACAUGGAUUCUUGGCUACAGGCGGCCAACAAUUACUCAUGUACAUUACAGAAUUUUUCCAAUUAAGGAUGUACCCAAUGAUCCUGAAGCACUCACUGUUUGGUUAUAUCAACGGUUCAUUGAAAAGGAGGGUCUUUUGUCACACUUUUACAAGACAGGAACAUUCCCUCCUCUGCAAGGACAGACCGAAGUUGUUUCCCGAGAGAUGACUCUUAGCAAUUUGUGGCUAAUUCUUGUACAGUUAUUUGCAUUUUUGUCAGGUGGUAUGUGGUACUGCAUUCUUCAGUAUUUUUAUGAAUGCCUAUUUUAAAAGGUGAAUGAAUGGGACACAAGGACACAAUGAGGAACUUUGGUACUUUACAGAAUGCAUCAUGUUAUGUGUUCAAAUAUGAAUAUGCCAGUAGAAAGGAGCAUACUGGAUGGACUUUCUCUCCUUUUGGGGGAGGAUUUUAAAUUCCAUUAGAAGAAAGGAUCAACAAUAUAGUGACCGAAUGAUAUAUUUUAAGAAUUAUCCAUAUUUUUAAAAGGGGUGACUUCAGCAUACCUAUGUCAGCAAAUUCAUCAUUUUAACAGGAAAUGCAGUUACGCAGCCAUCAGAGGUGAAUAUCUGUAGCAGAGAAUGCUUUUAUCACCGGUAGUAUUCAACAUUGUAGUUAAAACUCCAAAUCUUCAGCAACUUUCUUCAGUAGUCUGUACUGCAAGUCUUGUGGUAGAGAUCCUUCAUCUGCACAAGUCAAAUUGUAUUGUAAUUAAUUAUGCUGGAUCUGUUUAACAUAAUUCACAACCCUGGCUAUGGUAUUGUGACUGCCCCAUGAUACCUGUUUAGUAGCUUUUUUCCUUUUUUAAAAAAAAUCUUUUGAAUACUUUCUGAGAGAUCUUGUAUUGUAAGACAAAAAAAAGGAAAAGUAUACUGCAAAAAGACUUGCGGUGUCACGAAGUGUUGAAAAAAUUGUGCAUACCUCAUAGACCAAUCUAUUUUUACCAUGUUUUUGUCAUUUGAACCUCUUGUGAAUAUCCUCUUGAAAGGGUGCUUCAGAAAUGGAAUGUCAUUAAUCUGUUUCCUAUUGUUAUUAUAGAAUGCAUUUUGUCUUUUUCUUUCUUUCCUUCUUUCCUUCCUUCCUUCCUUCCUUCUUUUCUUUCUUUCUCAAAAUGCACUUUUAAAAAAGUGAUAAAGGAGCAUAGCUAGACAGAAAUGUAGGCGCUGUUUCUAAGAGCUAGUAUUUUGGAGGGCCAUUAGCAGUUCAGAAAGGUCUGGAUUUUCAGCAUUGAAGUACAUGAGUUGCCAUAGAUUUGGCAAAAUGAUUUUGUUGUUGUUGUUGUUGUAAUUUUUAAUCUUCAGAGAGGCCUUUAUUUUCAUCUGAGAAAAAGAAGCACUGGAAAUGUGUGUGGGACAGUUUAUACAUGCCAAGCACCUGAUGCUUUGCUUAUAGGAAAAAUAAGAGGAAGUUAGCUUAAUCAUCAAACAGAAUACCUAGUCAUUGAACAAAACAAAAAAAGAGAAGAAAAUCUGCUUUAUAAACCAGAGCUGUUGUGAAAUUCUCUGAACUGUAAAUGGCAUUACUAAAUCUGUCAUCUUGUUAAAAUAUGUCACUGUCAUAGGGAGUUUAACUGAAAAGGCAGUUUGGCACUAUAACAGGGUUCCAGGUGAUCACAUUACAGUUCUAUAAUAAUUUUGAAGAAUUCUGUGUUAUUAUCAUUCUUUGAAUGCUUGACAUCAAUACCGUGUGACUGCAUCAUUAUAAUACAAAACCAUUCCUAGAAACCAGUUUCUAAUUUACACGUUCAGGCCUGUAUACUAAUUACCAAAUGUUGUCUUUUCUGGACUGUAACUUUUUUUCUAAGAGCAAAGUCAAACCAACAACAGUUGUCUGUGCUGAGUUUGAGAUAUAUAUUCUUCUGUUUUUGUUCCGUUUUUGUUUUCCCAAAUUUCAUGAGAACCAGCUUUGGUGAGUAGUAUAUAAAAUAAAAAUAUAAAACCACAUUAUAUUUAUCUUUUGUUUGAAUGGGGUAGAAGUACAAUCAGAAAAGCAAAUUUUCUAUUAUCUAUAUAAAUGCCAUAAUAUGCAAAUAAUACUAAUUUUAAACUAGAAUACCUUUUAUUAAGUAUUAUGGCAACAUCUAUAAUUCACUCUAGGAUAAUAUAUAUUUUCAACAUAAUAAUUACAUGCAGUAGACCAUGUGAGUAUUAAAGGUACACUUUAACCAGUUUUUGAAAUGAUCAAUUUAUUACUAAUGUAAGAAAAUGCCAUUAAAUUAAUUCUUACGAAGUGCAGCAUUUUGGGGUAUGAGUACUUUUAAUUGCACUUGCCUUUUUGUGCUGGUUCUAAAGUGAACAGAAGGUUUUAUUUUCCUUUAGCAAAAUGGUGAUAUAGAUAGAGGUUUUCUUUCUAUUCAUUGGAUGGAUAUGGCUAUAAUUCAAAAGACUCAUUGUUGAUGUGGAUACAAAUAGUUGUUUAGAUGUACAUUGUUUGGAGAUACAUUAGAUUAAUUUGCUUCUACAAUAAUCUGGGUUUAAACAAAAUAAGUAGACACUCAAAUUCAUUGUUGUUUUUAAACUCUGUCAUGAGGAAUACAGUCCUUGUCCAUUGCAGAUAUUGCUGAUAGAUUCUGAAUGGGGGCUUGUUAAAACAAAUGGGAAUCACUAGGUGUAAUAUAGGUUAACCACUAAUUUUAGUUUAUUUUCUUUAAGAUGAUAAUGAUGAUGAUGUGUCCAUUCAGUUGUCAAACAUCCUCGCAAACAGGAUUUUGGUGAUCCUGUGGGCCGGAUCUCUCCACAUCUUCCGAUCUUGCCCUACUUCUUUAAUGUGAUACAUUUAUAAAGCACUUAUAAAACAUUAAUAAGGCAUUUAUAAAGCACUAGUGGCCCUUUAAUUAUGAAUUAUGUUUGUGAUUUUGGUAUAAUGGUAUAAUGCUAUGUCCCAUUAAUUUCAAGAGACACUUCCAAAUGAGGUGUUUCAGUAUAAACUGCACUGGAUUUUUUAUUCUACAGUGGAAAACACGAAGAAAGAAUAUUGUGCCUUCUUCAUCGCUGAAUCAGGAGAAACUGAAGACAGCGGUUUCAGGAACUCCUCAAUAAAAAGUAUUUCUCUACCCAGAAUAAAAGAUGGUUAAAUUGUUUAUUUGGCAAUAAUCCAUUGGAGUUCAACAGGACCAAAUGAUCCAAUUUAAGAAUGCAAAAAGUGUGUAGGAAGGAAUGUAUAUAUAUGGCUAUGUAUGCAAUGUUAUACUUAGCUGGUAACUAAGUGCAGCUCAUAUCUGAUCUUCUACCUUUUCCUUGCUUGCUUGGGUCACCUGCUGUUCUUGAAACCUUGUGUUGAAAUUACAUACCUAUAAAAUUUGUUAAUUUCAGAUCAUAGGGAUAGCACAAUAUUAUUUUUAGGCCAGAAGUGAUGAGUUUGACAGUAAUAAUGCUGACUCCAUAGAAAACAAUACAAUGUAUAUAUUUCAGAACUCUUUGUGCUUGGUGUUUCAGGUAAUCGCUUGGCAUGCCCUGUGAAUUUUCAGGGUCAAAAUGCUGCAUUAUCUCCUUUUAUACAACUACAAAUUGAAGUGCCUUUAAUAAUCUGCAUUAGAGGGAAGGGGAAGGGGAAGGUUUUUUCCUAGCAUAAAACAAAAUAAUAGGGCUGUGCACUUCUUUAGAUCUGAUGCCAAAAAGCGUUUAGAGAGAUAUGAAUGUAGCCUCAUCUGCAACUUAGUAAACCACCUCCCAACACGGCUGCUUUAGAGAAUUACAGAGAAAUAGUAUAGCACUACAUUCCUGCUUCUGUGCUAGCUUCAAAUGGUUGUAUUCUAAGGGAUCAAAACUAUUCACCGCCUUUCCUUCCUCAAUUAGAACCAGCCAGAAAGGUAGGGACAGCUCCUUGUUUAUUUGAUUAAUAUACAUUCUUAAUGGUUGGCAAUUUUUUUUUUAAUUAGGACUUACUGUAAACUUUGUGGAACAAAAAUAGCCCUCAUUUUGUCCUGUUCUUGUGAUAAAAAUCUGAAAUGCUGCAUUGUUCCAAAUUCAGAAUACCAAAAUGGCCUUCACAUUUUACACACCCUGCUUUCCUGCAGUCUGAUAUAUUGGCUUUUAAAUCUUUAGUCUUUUGUCUGCCAGUUGGUUGACAUGCAUGAUUCAUCUAAUCUCUUCAGGAAAUUAUAAUCAAGUAGGUCUCUGAUUUCCCUCUGAUGUUUCUGGCAACUGAAACGACACUCUAGUUUGAGAUGCUUACAUACACAUUGCAUUUCUGAAAUGGUUCUUAGAAAGGGCUGGCUGUUUGGGCUUUUCCACAGUGGGAACUGGUUCUACUAUCUGUCUGGAACAAUCUUUCUCAGCUCUGGCAGUUUUAAGAUGGGUGGACUUCAACUCCCAGACUUCUCCAGUCAGGCUGGCUUGGAAAUUGUGGGAGUUGAAGUCCAUCUAUCUUAUUUUAUUUUAUUUAUUUAUUUUUUAUUUUAUUAAAUUUUUAUACUGCCCUUCUCCCGAAGGACUCAGGGCGGUGUACAGCCAGAAUAAAACACAGAAUAUACACAAUUAAAAGAAUUUAAAAUAAACUAUUACUAAACGGCCGAUAAUUUAAAAGAUUUAAAAAUUUAAAAUAUUACUAAAACCCCAAUUUAAAAUCAACUAUUUAUGCCAGUCCUGCUUGAAUGAAUAAAUAUGUAUAUAAUAUUUAUAAAUAUAAAUAUAAUAUUUAUAUAAUAUUUAUAUAAUAUUAUAUAUAAUAAAUAUAAAUAUCUUAAAGUUGCCAAAGUUGAGAAACACUGGUCUUAGAAGAAAAAUGCCACUUGAAUAUUUUUUUUUAAUUUAGAAACCGACAUACUGUACAAUCAGUUUGAUCAAAUACAUUUGAUUCUACAAUAAUAUACUAUACCCUACUCCUAUUAUUCAUUGAUAUAGUUUUGUUAAAUGCAAGAUUAAUGUUCAGAUGGUAGGGCCUGUAUAAGUAGGCAUGACUGCAUUUCAGGACAUGAUUCUUUGUUUGAGAGAAAGGCUCCUGUCCUGGGAGACCAAAUAUCACAAAGACAUUAACAUACACUUAUCACAUAUGUCCUAAUAAAUAUAAACAAUGUGUACCAAAGCACCCUUUGUGUGUCUUCAUAUUCAGGAUUUGACUUGUUAGCAAAUCAUUAUGCCUUCAUUAACAAGCAACAAUUGAUAUGACCUAAUGGUUAUUACUGUGUAUGUGAUAUAAAUAACACACUAAUAGUAAACUUAUGUUAGGACUCUGUCCCUAAGGCUUAGGAUCCAGCAACUUGCAAUAUUCAAUAAGGGGACUGGAUCUUCGCCAGUUGUUUUUAGUAAAUUCUUUGGGUGUGUUUUCUAUGAACAACUUCACUUAUUGAUAGGAAUAUAGUAAGAAGCAAUUGGAAUAAGAAAGAAAUGGUCUUUGGUCUAUGUAGUCUUUCAAAUAUCUUCUAUUAUAACACAGACCGUUUUCUUAUUAUGAGCGACAGAAAUUGUAAAGGUGAACCAAACAUACUACAAUGGGAAACAUUUUUCCAUGUCCAUAAACAUUUCUUUGUUUGGAAAGCACGUAAAGCUUCCUUGUGAAAGAAAUUAUGUAAGUUUUCAAUGCCUUUUUCCAACCCCGAUUUCAUCCAGGUUAUAGAUAUAUAAGGAAAUACUGUAAGAGAUAGGAUUUUGUCUGGAUUUGACUUUCCUCUCUACCAACUAGUGAGUAUGAAUAGCUGUAUCACAUAGCCUUGGCUUGGGAGGUUUGCCAGAAGUUGAGUAAUGACUACUCUCAGCAGUCCCAGCAAGCACUGAAGAAUAUGGAUAGAUGUAGCCCAACAGCAACCAGGGCACUGAGUUCUCCGCUCAGCAUUUUCUAUACAGUAUUGUAAGGGAAACAAAACUGAAGUGUCCUAGAUUUUUUUCUAUUUCUUUUAUUCUUUUGGUUUUUAAAGUAUAGCUGGUUAGUUGCCACAAGAUGCUUGGGAGUGUGUGGGCAGUGCUGCUGAAUCUCAGAAAUGACACUGUCUGAAUAAGAUUUUUAAUUGUUUAAAGUGAGAAUUUAAUGCUCUGCUUAACACCCCCCCCCUUUCAAUAAUUUAUCAGAAAGGUCACAAGCUUUCACUGAUUACUUACUCAAAAUAACAUUAAAUCAUUAUUUACAUAAUUCUUGAUUGUACAAGAAGUGCUUAAGAAAACAGGUUGCCAGAUAAAUCCUAUACAGGUAGUCCUCAACCUAUGACCACAAUUUAGCUCAAAAUUUCCAUUGCUAAACAACAAAGCUGUUAAGUGAGUUUUACUCCCUGUGAUAACCUUUCUUGCUACUGUUAAGUGAAUCGCUGCAGGUGUUAAAGUUAGUAACAUGGUUGUUAAGUGAAUCCUCAUUGACUUUGCUUGUCAGAAGUUUGUAAAAGAGGAUCAUAUGAUACUGGGACACUGCGACCAUUAUAAAUAACUGCAAAUUGCCAAGCAUCCAAAUUAUUAUCACUUGGCCAUGCUGCAACGAUUGUGUGAAAAAUGGUCAAGUCACUUUUCAGCACCAUUAUAACUUUGAAUGGUCACUAAAUGAAGGGCAAGUGGAGGAUUACCUGUAGUAGGGGUGGAAAGAAGGUAAGCGAGAUUUAUUGGUAGAUCUCAAUGGGAUUCCUGACUCUGGCAUAUGGUAACCAGAAUUGGAUUUUGUGUGGGUAAGACCAAGCUUGUCCCACCAUAAAAGACAACGAAGCAGGUUAUUUUGAGAACUGUUCUUGUCUUAAGUACAGAAUCCUAUGAGACCACAUAGUCUGCCCUGAAGGCCUCAACUAAGCUUCUACCUCAGAUGCAAAAGAGAAUGCCAUGGAGCCACCAGUGCUGGGAGAAAAAUGCAGCUACCCAGUCAAUUCACUUCCAUAGAUGAAAGGAUGGGAAGAACCAUUUCUUCUUUGCUUAUUUAUUUAUUUAUUUAUUUGCAUUUAUAUCCCGCCCUUCUCCAAAGACUCAGGGCGGCUUACACAGUGUUAAGCAAUAGUCUUCAUCCAUUUGUAUAUUAUAUACAAAGUCAACUUAUUGCCCCCAACAAUCUGGGUCCUCAUUUUACCUACCUUAUAAAGGAUGAAAGGCUGAGUCAACCUUGGGCCUGGUGGGACUUGAACCUGCAGUAAUUGCAAGCAGCUGUGUUAAUAACAGGCUUAGUCUGCUGAGCCACCAGAGGCCCAUGCUUCAAGCAGCAUGCCUUAAUUUGAAUCUGAAAAAGCCUAAUUUCAUUCAGUUAUGAAACGCAAGCAAUUCCCCAACCCCCAUCCCACUUAUAGGUAAACCAACCUGGGAACAUCAGAUACUGAGAACAGGUUACAAAUGCUUUAAAUAAACAAAAACUAGUUCGCAAAGAACUGAAAUAGCAUGAAAACAGAACUAUUUCAGCACUCUAAAUCUAAAAAUUAAAUCUCUAUAUUCUAAACAGAACUCCUGUAAACUGUACAGUUCUGUACAGUCAGGUUUUCACAACUGUUGGAGCAUCCCCUUGGUCACGUGAUCAAAAUUCAGACGCUUGGCAAUAGAAAUUUUGGACUCAAUUGUGAUGGUAAGUCAAGGGGUACCUAGCCUAAACAAGAGUGACAUGAGUGUUAAUACCACACUAUAAGGCCUUAGUAAGACCACACUUGGGAUAUUGAAUCCAGUUUUGGACACCACAAUAUAAAAAAGAUGUUCAGAUUCUAGAAAAAAUGCAAAGAGCAACAUGAUUAGGUAACUGGAGGCUAAAAUACAUGAACGGUUGCAGAAAUUAGUUAUGUCUAAUUUAAUGAAAAGAAGGACUGUGGGUGACAUAUCAGUGUCCCAACAUCUAAGGGGCUGCCACAAAGAAGAGAAGGUCACCCUA